AUGGGGCUGUCCGUCAUUCAAGAACAGCAUGAUGCUAUCCUGGGGCAGAUCAAGAAGAUCACCAAAGGCGAUUGGAAAUGUCUGAUUGUCGACGAGAGCUCCAAAAAGAUCAUUGACAAUGUCGUCAAGGAGGAUGACAUCCUCAAUAACAAUAUCGCCAGCUCCUAUCCAGCUAUCGAGCGAAUUGAGAACCGUCGCGAACCGAACCCCGAGAUGGACGCAAUCUACAUUCUUUCCCCAGAAUCCUUCGCUGUUGAGUGCCUGCUUGCCGACUUUGAGAUGAAACGCUAUCGCAGCUACUACCUCGUUUGGACUGGCCUCCUCGACCCCUCAUUGCGACGCAAGAUUGAUGACUUUCCUGGAGCUCGCCAGCUCCGCGCCGGCUUCCAGACUAUGUUUGUAGACUUUCUGCCUCGAGAGUCGCAUCUUGUUACCCUUCGCGAUCCCUGGAGCUUCCCUAUGCUCUACCACCCAGCUUGCAAUGCUGUUGUUCCCACACACAUGAAAGGUCUAGCGCAAAAGAUCGCCGGUCUUUGUAUCACACUCGGCGAAUAUCCCAAGGUUCGGUAUUACAAACCGCAAGGCGCAAUCCACGAUGCAGCCGUUCUUUGUUCGCAUUUGGCGCGAUUUAUACAGGAAGAGCUCGAUGCAUACGCGCAAUGGGAUACCAGCUUCCCUCCGCCUUCGCAACGACCGCAAGCUACGCUCAUUAUCACAGAUCGAUCAAUGGACUUGAUGGCACCUCUUGUACACGAGUUCUCCUACCAAGCAAUGGCACAUGACCUCCUUCCAAUCAAGGACGGCGACAAAGUCACUUAUCGAACAGUUAUCAACGAAGGAACCGCUGAAGCAGAAGAGAAGGAUAUGGAAUUGACAGACAAGGACAAGAUCUGGGUGGAUAAUCGACACAGGCACAUGAAGGAUACGAUUGACAAACUUAUGGGUGAUUUCCAAAAGUUCCUCCAACAAAACCCCCACUUCACCAACGAGAAUGCCGACACGACCAAUUUGAACACAAUUAGGGACAUGUUGGCAGGCUUGCCGCAGUUUCAAGAGAUGAAGGAGGCAUAUUCGCUACAUCUGACCAUGGCGCAGGAGUGCAUGAAUAUUUUCCAGAAGCACAAGUUGAUGGAUAUUUCUUCUAUUGAGCAAACCCUCGCGUCUGGACUGGAUGAGGAUUUUAAGAGGCCGAAGAACAUACUCGAACUAAUUGUACCAUUGCUGGACGAUGUUUCAGUAUCGCUGCCUGACAGACUGCGGCUCAUUAUUCUUUUCAUCAUAUACAGAGAUGGUGUAAUCAGCGAAGAUAUCAAGCGGCUACUUGCACACGCAGGCCUGCCUCAGUCAGAUGCUGAAGUUAUACAGAACUUUGAGCAGCUUGGCGCACGCAUGACACACGGUCUUAAAGAUGUGCGCCAGCUGCCUGCGCCCCUUUUUCCAAUCGACCCAAAAUCAACACAGUUGAACGAGGAAUACGGUUUAGCACGGUUCGAACCAGCAGUGAAACACAUGGUGGAUCAUUUGGCAAGGGGUCUCCUCGAUCAAGUCCACUUUCCUUUCGUGAAGCCACCGUCGGACCCUAACGAGGAGCUCAACCUCGCACAGGCGGCUUCUCUUCGUGCUGGUCGGCCAAACUGGGCAGCAGCUGGUCGCCGCCCGCCAGAGAACAGACAGCGGUUGAUUGUUUUCAUGGCUGGAGGCGCCACCUACAGCGAGAGCCGGGCAUGCUACGAAGUCGGCGAGGCCCGUAGCCGAGAUAUCAUUCUAGUGACUUCCCAUAUGCUAACCCCUCAGCUGUUUGUCCGUCAAGUGGGUGAUCUCAGCCGCGAUAGGCGUCAACUUGAUCUGCCUUUGGAACGAGCUAAACGACACGCACCUCGACAUCUCUUUGAGCGUCCAGCUCCUCCUCGACCAGCACCAUCACAAGUGCCAUCGCAGCAACACAUGGCCCCUGGCCCUAUGAAUCGACCAGGAGGUCUCCCUUCAAGACCUAACGCUGGCCCUGGUGUGGCCCCUCCAACGGCAGCCAUGUCCAACAUGUCGAUAAACAACCAAGGCAACGCGUCGCCACGUCCGACUUCGCAUCACAGUGUUCAGCAACAACACGAAGAGCCAGCCAAGCUCCACAAGGAGAAGAAGAGGCGCAACUUCCUCGGAAUCAAGAAGUAG